AGUCCCUGCCCCUGAGUCCAGGUACGGUACCGAGGACGAUCGACCAUAUUCGAGGAGUGGGUCGAGGCACGAGAGGGACGAAAGGGACUAUUAUGACCGUGACGGGAAGAAAUCGUAUAGGUCUGAGGAGAGCGAUCGGCAACUCGACCGAGAGAGCACCGUCGACACCAGGUCUGCGAGACGUUCUCCGCCGACUGCGACCCCUGGUGUUCCUUCGGCCUCCAGAGUCAGUUCUCCGCCAAGAGCGGCACCAGCACCGUCCCGGUCGCCUGCACCCCAACUUAAGAAUAUGACGCCUGAGCAACGAAAGGCAUAUAUUCAAGCGCAGGCCAAACGACGUCUGGAAGAGCGCAUGCAGGCACUGGGGGUUUCAUCACCAGCACCCACAUCGGCAGUUUCCCCAACCCUCGAUUCGUCUGUAGAAGAUCGCCUUGAAAGGGAGAAACGAGAAGCAGAGGAGAAGGCAAGAGAGGCUGAGCGCCAGGCUGAGGAACGAGAACAGGUACGAAAGCAGAAAUUGGAAGCCGAACGAGCCAUCAAAGAGGGAAAGGGUUCGACUCCUACGCCAACACCAACGACCACAGCGCCUGCUCCCUCGCCUGGUCCAGUGCCAGUUUCGACACCGACGGCGCCAGUGUCCAGGCCGACUCCUACUCCAACCACGCCUGUAGCGAAAGCUGCUCCACCAGUGCCUAAGCCUCGUGCGCCUGCUCCACCACGACCUAGAAAGGGUACUGUACCCCGGACGCCUGCUGCCGUUGCCGCGCCUGCACUACCGGUUCAAGCAUCUGUUCCAGCACCAGCACCAGCACCUCCAGCAUCCGCAGAACCUGAAGAAGAUCCAGAGGAUGUGGCUUUGAGAGCGCGCGAAGCAGCUCUGCGCAAGAAGCGCGAGGAACGUGAAGCUCUCCUGCGCAAACUCGAAGAGGAAGAAAAGAUGAACGAGGAGGCAUACCAGCAAAGGAGGAAUCAGUUCUUAGCUGCCAAAGCUGCUGCUAGUCCUGCUGUCAGCGCUGUGUCUAGUACGCAAAAUUCACCCGUCCCCGCGCCACCUGCGCCUCCUGAACCACCCGCGCCGCGCGUGCACACUCCACCGGCAGUUGUUUCCGUCCAGCCGACGCCCGAAGUGGAAGCUGAGGAAGCUGCAUUCUCGCCACCGCCACCACCCCCGCCACCCCCUGCACCUCCAGCUUCGACCCCCGCUGCCGCUGCUGACAAACCGAGCAACAAUCCUUUCAAUCGUUUGAAGAAGGACGCAAACGCACCUACUCCGGAGACCACGCCUUCGCCAGCUAAUGUGGGCAAUAGUAACCCGUUCUUCCGUUCGCAAACGGCACCUCCACCCUCUGUGCCCACUCCCCCGAAAAGUCCGGGCGUUCCGCCGCCGGUCAAGACCACGUAUCAUACCGUACCCUCCGGCAGUGACGAUGACUGGGAUGAAGUGGUCGAGAAAGAGGAUGAUGAUAGUAGUGAUGAGGAACUCGCCACACGAGAUACGCGUGUGGGACUUGCACAGCAGCUAUUUGGGAGCUUGUUGCCUGCGAGGCCUCAAUCCGCUGGACCUGCACCACAAUCGAUCGGGAGUCCAGCAUCACCUACGUUCCCUCCACCGGCUGCUCCACCCGCCCCUGCAGCACCCCCUCCUCCCCCAGCGCCUGCUGUACCAGCACCGUCAAAGUCGCCUGCUCCAGUAACCCCUGCUGCAGCUCCUGGCGACCGAAGUGCUCUCCUGAGUGCUAUUCAAGGAGGUGCUGUCUUGCGGAAAACAGUGACAAAUGAUCGAAGCGCCGCUGCCACGGCUGGAAGGAUCAUCGGGGACAAUACACCCCCUGCACAUAUUAACGCCACUCCUCGACCCCCGUCUCCAUCGUCCCCACCAGCACUCCCCGUCACCGAAGUCUCGGAACCACCGCAGGUUGAACCAACUCCGUCGUCAAAGCAUCGGCCCAAGGAAUCGGUGGACUGGUAUAAUGGGUUGGCUGCUGAUCAUGCGGGCCAGGCCACGUUGGACCGUUUACCCGAGACCAUAGAAGAAGAAGAAUACGCCGGAGAUGUACCUGCCAUCAGAGUUUCGGAACAUGUGCCAGAUGGAAGUUCUGAUCCCAUGGCAGAUGUUGAUGAAUCGACAAGUCUCAGGGUACGCUCGUUGUAUGCUUACGAGGCUCAGAGGUCAGAAGAUCUGAGCUUUGGUGAAAACAUCGUAAUCGAGGCACAUCCCUCCAAGUCUGGCGGUGACUGGUGGUACGGCACGACCGCCAAUGAUGGUAGAUCGGGUUUCUUCCCACAGACAUAUGUGCAAGUACUCGAACCAGUUCAAGCUACUGCCCUUUACACAUACGAAGGCUCGGGUCCCGAUGAGCUAUCGUUUAAUGAGGGUGACGUUCUUAGCAUCGUCGACCGGGUAGAAUCCGAUUGGUGGAGAGCCGAACGGGAUGGUGUCGUCUACGCCGUCCCAGCAGCGUACAUGGUGGUUGCAGAGGGUUAGUUGCAUUUUGUUAGCACAAAAUAAUCCCUUAAGUUCUUCUUACCUUCUCGUUCGCUGGGAUGGAUAUAGGCUGAAAUAUUUCUUUUUCUCUCUCUUGAUUCUCGCAUGUUCCUUGCUUCGUACCUUGUACUCCGUGCCAUCGACCUUAUCCUGUUCUUUCCGGAAUUCCAAAAUACCAAUUUCAAUACCGAUCGAAAUUCCACGUUCUUGACAUGCGGACCGCUCUUGUUGCGGCUAUG